UCUCAUUCUCCUGAAAUGGCUUGUUAUGGCAAGAUAUUUGCCACAAUAUUUAUAGUUUUGAACUUAAAAACAUUUGUUGAAGGUGCACCACAAGUACCAUGUUACUUCAUAUUUGGAGAUUCGUUACUUGAUAAUGGAAACAACAAUGAACUUAACACAACGGCAAAGGCUAAUUACCCACCUUACGGGGUGGACUUCCAGGGUGGUCGUCCGACCGGCCGUUUCACCAACGGCCGUAACACGGCUGACUUCCUAGCGGAAUACUUGGGAUUUGAUCACUACAUUCCCCCUUUUGCAAGUGUAAAAGAUAGCGAGAUCUUGGAAGGUGUAAAUUAUGCAUCUGGUUCAGCUGGAAUUCGCAACGACAGUGGAAGUCAUCUUGGUGAUCGGAUUUACUUGGGCAGACAAUUGGAGAAUCAUCAAACAACAAUUUCGCGUAUAGCUAAUCUGGUGGGGAAUACAACUUCAGCUCAAAAGCACUUGAAUAAAUGCUUAUUCAUAGUUGGAAUAGGCAGCAAUGACUACAUCAACAAUUACUUGAUGCCUGAAAUAUAUCCCUCAAGUCAUUUAUAUACACCAACACAAUAUGCAACUGCCUUGAUUGAUCAAUAUUCACAACAUUUGAGGACUUUGUAUGAAGAUGGAGCAAGGAAAGUUGCCUUAUUUGGACUAGGCCAAAUAGGCUGCAUUCCAGCAGAGUUACAAAAACACGAUACACGUAGAUGUGUGAGCUCAACAAAUAACGCGAUUCAACAAUUUAACAGCAAGCUAAAGUCUCUUGUAGGUGAUCUCAAUACUAAUUUUCCAGACGCGAAGUUCACCUAUAUAAACAUGUACAGCAUUUCAUCAAUCAUCGAUCCACUUAGCGUGUUUACUCGUCCAUGCUGUAACGUUUUGGAAACGAUGCCUGAAGGACAAUGUGUUCCUGGAGAAACUCCAUGCUUUCUUAGAGGGAUUUAUCUUUUCUAUGAUAAUUUUCAUCCAACAGAGAUUGCCAAUAGAAUCGCGACUAGCAGAGCUUAUAAUGCUCUUCUACCGUCUGAUGCUUAUCCUAUGGAUAUUCAUCACUUGAUCAGGACGAACAAUGUUGUGUAUGAUGAAUUGAGUAAUAAUUUCUCAAUUAUAUUUUUCAUCUUCUUCUUGAAUUUAAUUCUCUCAAUGGCGUGCUAUGUUACAAUUAUAUUUAGUAUUGUGUUAUAUUUAGUUUUGAACUUAGUUGAAGGUGCACCGGAAGUACCUUGCUAUUUCAUUUUUGGGGAUUCGUUACUUGAUAAUGGCAAUAAUAAUGACCUUGACACCGCGGCUAGGGCUAAUUAUCCACCUUAUGGAGUUGAUUUCCCGGAUGGUCCGACUGGCCGAUUCACCAAUGGCCGAAAUAUAGCUGACUUCCUAGCUGAACACCUUGAUUUUGAUCACUACAUACCAUCUUUUGCAAGCGCAACGGGUGAUGAGAUUUUGGAAGGUGUGAAUUAUGCAUCUGGUUCAGCUGGAAUUCGAAACGAUACGGGAAGUCAUCUUGGUUAUCGGAUUUACUUGGGCAAACAAUUGGAGAAUCAUAAAGUCACAAUUUCUCGUAUUGCUGAUUUGCUAGGAAAUGCAACUUCAGCCAAAAAUCACUUAAAUAAAUGUCUUUUCAUUGUUGGAAUAGGCAGCAAUGACUACAUCAAUAAUUUUCUAAUGCCAGAUGUAUACCAAUCAAGUCAUUUGUACUCACCAAGUCAGUAUGCAACACUUCUCAUUCAGCAGUACUCCCAACAAUUAAAGGAAUUGUAUUCAGAUGGAGCAAGGAAAAUAGCACUUUUUGGACUACCUCAAAUAGGUUGCAUUCCAGAUCAAUUGAACCAACACAGCACAAUUUUUUGUGUGGAUUCAACAAAUAAAGCAGUUCAAUUAUUCAACAAAAACUUAAAAGCUCUUGUUGAUGAUCUCAAUACUAAUUUCCCAGAUGCAAAAUUCAUAUACAUAAACAUGUAUAGCAUCUCAUCAGCGAUUGCUAUAACUCUAUUGAAUAAUCCAUGCUGUCAAAUUUCUAAAACUAUGCCUGAAGGACAAUGUAUUCCAGGAAAAUCUCCAUGUCUGUUUAGGGCUACACAUUUUUUUUAUGAUAAUUUCCAUCCCACUGAAAUUGGAAAUAAUAUAGCUACGAGUAGAGCUUACAGAGCUCUUCUACCGUCUGAUUCUUAUCCAAUGGAUAUUCGUCAUUUGGUGAGGGCCAAUAAUGUGUACUAUGAUGAUCAGUAAAAUUUCAACGUGUUACACGAAUAUUAUUUAAUGUAAUAAUUGUGUAUGAUGUAUGUUUCAUAAUAAGAAACCAAAAAAUCUUAUUGGAUUUGAAUAAAUUGGAUUAGGUUUCCAUGA